UCAGCCUCUCUCCUUUACUCCAGUGACACGAAUGACAGAGAAGCAGCUGCAAACCUCUCAUUCUCUCAUUAAAACUACAGGCAGGGGGAUGCGAUAAUUACACUGAUAAUAAUAAUAAUAAAAAUGACAGCAGUGUGUGUUUGGCUCUCCGUGGUCCUCUGGAUGAGCCGGGCAGCAGCGGGACACAGAACUAACGACUCUUCACUUUCGGGAGAGGAGAUACUUUCUUUCGCGGAGCGUUUCAUGAACGUUUCGGGACAGAGAGGGAACGCGAGUUCCGGAUUGUUUCUCCUGGACUUUGAUGAAGGUCUGCUGGAGGGCUGGCGCUCUCUGGCCAGCAGCGGCGGAGAGUCUCAGGACAGGGGCAUCAAGGCGCUGCUUGUGGCAGCCUAUUCCCUCAUAAUCGUGAUCUCCCUGUUCGGGAACACCCUGGUGUGUCACGUGGUGGUCAAAAACAAGCGCACCUUGUCCGCCACCAGUUUAUUUAUCCUAAACCUGGCGGUGGCUGAUAUCUUCAUCACAGUCCUCAAUACACCCUUUACUCUGGUCCGCUUUGUGAACAGCACCUGGGUGUUUGGAAGAACUAUGUGCCACAUCAGUCGCUUUGUACAGUACUGCUCACUGCACGUCUCCACCCUCACGCUCACCGCCAUUGCGCUGGACCGACGACAGGUGAUUUUGCAUCCUUUGAGGCCUCGUAUGUCUCCUACACAAGGUGGUGUUUGGGUCGCCGUCAUCUGGAUAAUGGCCAGCUGCUUCUCCCUCCCACAUGCAAUCUACCAAAAACUCCUGACCUUUACAUACAGUAAGGAGAAAGAGCGAAGCCUGUGUGUCCCAGACUUCCCAGAGCCGUCAGAUGUCUAUUGGCAGUACAUUGACCUGUUGACCUUCAUAUUGCUUUACUUGCUGCCCCUCCUCAUCAUCACUGCCUCCUACACCAUAGUGGCCCGUAGACUGUGGCGCCACAAUGCCAUCGGUGACACCACAACAGCUCAGCAUGCCACGCAGAGAAGGAAGCGCCGGAGAACACUGGCGAUGCUGCUUCUGGUGGUCGGAGUGUUUGCCGUUUGCUGGUUUCCCCUCAACUGCUAUGUGGUGCUGCUGUCCAGCCAGGCCAUCCAUUCUUCUAAUGCCCUUUACUUCUGCUUUCACUGGCUAGCUAUGAGCUCCACCUGCUACAACCCUUUCAUCUACUGCUGUCUGAACCCCACUUUCCGUCAGGAGCUCCAGCUCCUCGUUGACAGGUGCAGGAAGAGACGACGGGCAGUGGUCGGCUUGGACCCGGAGCUUCGCCCUGCAGUACCUCACGCUCCAUGUCACAGAACUGCCUGGCCCGACAACCAGGACUCCUCGAGGCCAAGGAACGUUUGGUCACACCCGGUCCAAGCUUCCUCACAGCAGAGUCACCCUUCUUCAAGUCAGUCCCACAACCUGAAAGAUGCACAUGUGCUUUUCACUGCCCGGCAGGCGCUCACAGGGAGGACCGACAUCCUCUCAGUGGAGCCCAUUGUGGCUGUGAGCUGACUGGAGACAAUCCUGGACUGAACUGAGUUGUUUAACCUCUCAAGCCCCAAGCCUAACUGAUGUCCUGCCUUUUGAGGUUAAAUCUCUUCUAGGGCUUCAUCAAAUAGGGCAGAACAUUUGGUAAUCUCAGAUCUGUAAGUCUGGGCCAGUAAUUUCAAAAGCAGCAGGGUGUGGAGUGGCUUUUGUGGUGACUGUGAAUUGCUGAAAGAUGUGACUUUUUCUCCCCUGAAGCUUAUAAAACAACCGCUCCGCGUUCACACAUGCUUUUUCUCUUUUCACGCCAGUUUUUUUUAUUUGAUUUCCCUUCCUGAUGUUUGUUAAAAACAAUGUCCCCGAGCCUUGACAAAUGGAUAAAACAUUCGUCAUGUUACUUAAACAUCUUUUUAUAUUGUAUUGUGAUGGAAAAAAACAAGAAAACCUUCACAGACUGGCUGGCAGGGUAGCAAUGAAGUUCAGUCUCUGUGAAAAAAAAAAAGUUCAAGUUUAACAGGAUCAGUUACUGUAAGAUAUGUCUUAACAACCUUGGUUUACCAUUCAGGACACAAGGAUGGAUUCUCAGAGGGAAACUGAACCCACCUUAGCGUGAAAAUAUCGUCAUAUUUAUCCGCAGACCACCUGAAAUCCAUCCUGCUGCAGUAUUUUUCCUUGGUUUUCCUUUGAUUUGCUGUCAUCUAGCCAGAGGAUUUGUAGAAUAUGCACAGAGGGGGAAAAAAGAAACAAUUUCUAUCUUUCUUACACCCGAAAUUGAGUUAAUCCAAAAGUGAUUUUGGGUUGUGAGAGGUGAAAACAUUAAAAACAAACUAUCAAGGAUCUAAAUAGCACUGUGACAUGACGAGAAAUUGAUGUUAUGUUUGUCUCAUGCAUACACAGGUCAAAACAGGAAAUGAAAAAAGCUAUCAUUAAUAACCUUUUGAUUGAUUUCUUGUAUUUUCAAACUAGAAGACUUCUCAUCCCAUAUUUUUCUUUCUUUCAUAUUCACUGCAAUGCUCCAGUAGGCACCGCACAGUG